AUGGCUUCGCGCCUUCUCGACCUAGACCCAACCUCCAUUGGACAAGUACACGGGUCGGACGCGAAAGAGCGACCACUCACAGACAAAGCCGAAAGUAUUCGAGAACAGAGGCCGAAAUACGAGCAAAGCAUGUUUGGAAUGAGCUCAAAUGGCGACCGAACGUUCAGCCAUGUGCGCACCAACGAACCGGCGAAUCCGGGGAGCGAAGCUGGGCUAAAUAGGGAUGAAGAAGGGUCAUUUUAUUCAUAUAAUUCGACAAGAGAUGUGCGGCUUUUCGUCAAAGAGAUGCACGGCAGGAUCUGGAAUAGUUUGAACGAAACAUACGUUUUGCCAUCAGGCAAGUACAAUGACACCGAGUGGAACCGUUUAGACAAGCAACACUUGGCGCAUAUUAUUGGCCUCGGCGGACUCUAUCCAUAUCCAGAACAAGUCGAAGCGGUCCUCGCGCCAGUGGAAGGAACAACCAAGUGUAUACUCGAUGUCGGAUGUGGUACAGGAAGCUGGGUACUUGAAAUGGCGGAACGCUUUCCGCAUACCCUUGUCACUGGGGUUGACCUUGCACCAACGCCUCUCGAUGCAGCCCAUUUUCCAUCCAACCUCCGAAUUGAAAUCGAUGACAUUAACCUUGGACUUUCGCACUUUUACGGCCAAUUCGACCUCGUACAUAUGCGUAGUGUUCAGAGUGGGAUACACGAUAUCGACAAAACCCUUUCGGAUUUGUUCCUCUGCCUCAAACCCGGUGGUAUUCUGAUCAUUGUAGAUGGAGGAAUCCACUUUCUCCGCGAUCUUGGGACUUUUGGUCGGAUGCGAAGGGUUGAUGGGGACGAGGAGGAUGCCACUGCGACGAGCGAAGAUGGUUCAUGGUUUAACCGCAUUCACUGGGAGGUUAGCCGAGCAUGUCAGAUUGCGGGUGCCAGUGUAGAUCGUUCACACGAAGUGUUGAGCGCAGGACUAUGGGACCACCCAUUCUCCGAGCCGGGAUCUGUGGCAAGUGGGAGUUACCUUUUCCCCGUUGGUCCAUGGGCUCAAGGGAACAAUGUUGCACAAAAUCAGCAGUUGCACUAUGGAGGUUUGCUCAUGCGACAAUCACUCAUGAAUAUACAUCGUGCAUUCCACUCUAUCCUACUCCGACAUGGUAUGACCCAGGAUGUACUUGACGCAUGGUCUCAAGAAAUUGACCAAGGCGAGUGUUGA